GGCCUGCCAGUGAGAAGGAACGCAGUGAAUUCAGAGGUUGUGUUUCAUACAAGAAAUUAUUGGUAGGAAUAAUCCUCAAAUACUCUGUGGUUGAUUCGAAUAGUGGGUUGCUUGAAGCGGAUUGAGAGCAAAACAAUAUCGUAUUUCGUCGGAGGAGGCCCUGAGACGGAAGUUUCAUUUGGAUGCCCACAUCAGAGCUCAACCAGGUUUCAGCAUGAACAGGAACAAGCGGGAAAAGGAGUACUACAGUUUAGAUGUCGGUGAUUCAACAUUCACGGUGCUGAAGCGCUACCAGAACCUACGGCCCAUUGGGUCCGGAGCGCAGGGGAUCGUAUGCUCAGCGUAUGACCACAACCUUGAACGAAAUGUGGCGAUCAAGAAACUCAGCCGGCCUUUUCAGAAUCAAACCCAUGCCAAAAGAGCUUACAGAGAACUGGUGCUCAUGAAGUGUGUAAACCACAAAAAUAUUAUUGGCCUACUAAAUGUAUUUACACCACAGAAAACACUUGAAGAAUUCCAAGAUGUUUACCUUGUAAUGGAGCUGAUGGAUGCCAACCUGUGCCAGGUGAUUCAGAUGGAGCUGGAUCACGAGCGGCUGUCCUACCUGCUGUACCAGAUGCUGUGUGGCAUCAAACACCUCCAUGCGGCCGGGAUCAUUCACAGGGAUUUGAAACCCAGCAACAUUGUGGUGAAGUCGGACUGUACGCUGAAGAUCCUGGACUUUGGACUGGCCAGGACAGCAGCCACGGGCCUGCUCAUGACCCCGUACGUGGUGACGCGCUACUACCGAGCCCCAGAGGUCAUCCUCGGGAUGGGUUACCAAGCCAACGUGGAUAUUUGGUCUGUGGGAUGCAUUAUGGCAGAAAUGGUUCGCCACAAAAUCCUUUUCCCAGGAAGGGACUAUAUUGAUCAGUGGAAUAAGGUUAUAGAGCAGUUAGGAACCCCGUCCCAGGAGUUUCUGAUGAAGCUCAACCAGUCCGUCAGGACCUAUGUGGAGAACAGGCCCAGGUAUGCUGGGUACAGCUUCGAGAAGCUUUUCCCUGAUGUCCUUUUCCCUGCCGACUCAGAGCACAACAAGCUGAAAGCGAGCCAAGCGAGAGACCUGCUAUCCAAAAUGCUGGUAAUAGACGCGUCCAAGCGGAUCUCGGUGGACGAGGCUCUGCAGCACCCCUACAUUAAUGUGUGGUACGAUCCGGCAGAGGUGGAGGCACCCCCGCCGCUGAUCACUGAUAAGCAGCUGGAUGAGCGGGAGCACACCGUGGAGGAGUGGAAAGAGUUGAUAUAUAAGGAGGUGCUAGACUGGGAGGAGAGGAUGAAGAAUGGAGUGAUCCGAGGACAGCCGGCCUCUUUAGGUGCAGCAGUAAUCAACGGCUCCCAGCACCCAUCGACGUCCUCGUCAGUCAAUGAUGUGUCCUCCAUGUCCACCGACCCCACCCUGGCUUCCGACACAGACAGCAGUUUAGAAACUUCAGCGGGACCCCUGGGCUGCUGCAGAUGACUAUCAACCCGCCUUCGUCCUACUGUUUGUGUUCGAUGGUAUAGAUAUUAGGCCAGUUUUUUUUCUUUCUUUUUUUUUUAAUGC